AUGGCGUUGAGCGCGAAACUCCUCCUCCCGGCCCUGCUAGUCGCCGUCCUGGGCUACGUUUACACGCAAGGCCCCCUCCUCCUCGCCACGUCCUACGGCCUGACCGCCGCGGCGGAGCUGUGCCUCAAAUACGGCUUCCCCGUCCACCAGGUCGGCUCCGCGGGCCUCGCGCCCCUCCACAUCGCCGCCGCGCGCGGACACACCGCCAUCGCGCAACUCCUGCUCGACCACCGCGCGAGUCCCGUCGCUCUGACGGCCGACGGGCUCCCGCCGCUGUACGUCGCGGCGCGCGAGGGCCACGCGGACGUCGUGAGGCUGCUCGCGAAGCAGAAGGGCGUCGAUGUGGACCAACAAGGUUUGGGCGGAUACACGCCGUUGUUCGCAGCCGCACAGCACGGGCACCUCGGCGCCGUGGAGGCGCUGAUCGAGGCCGGCGCGAACGUGGACUUCAAGACGCCGGACAAGCACACCGUCCUGCACGUCGCGGCUCUGCACGGCCACAUUGCAGUCGUGAAAGUGCUAGCGAAGAAGACCACCUUCCCGGCGCUCCAGAACGCGGCCGGGUACACGCCGCUGAUGUCCGCCGCGCAGCACGGCCACGCGGACGUCGUCGAGGAGCUCCUGAAGGGCCCCGCGAACGUCAAGCACGUCACCGAGGACGGCGUCACGGCGCUGCACCUCGCGGCGGGCGCCGGACACCUCGGCAUCGUCCAGACGCUGCUCGCGCACAAGGCCGAGUACUGGCGCCGCACGCUGAGCGGCCGCACGCCGCUCCUCGCGGCCUCCGGCGCCGGCCACAUAGAGGUUGUGCGCGAGCUCCUCGACGCCGGUGCCGUCGCGAACGCCACCGGGGAGCUGACGCCGAUCCUGGCGUCGGUGACGUCCGGGCACACGGAGGUCGUGAAGCUGCUGCUGGAGCGCGGCGCCGAGGUGGAGGGGACGGUGGGUGCCGCGCAGGCGUCGCUCUUGCACGUGUGCGCUGGCGCCGGCCACGCCGACGUGCUGCGCGUGCUGAUCGACGCCGGGGUCGACGUGAACGCCGUGGACGGCACGCUGCGCACGCCGCUGCACGAGGCGGCGUCGUCGGACCGCGUGGGCGUCGUGCGCGCGCUCCUUGACGCCGGCGCCGACGUCAACGCCAAGUCCCAGGACGGCGCGACGCCGCUGAUCGAGGCCGCGACGUCGGGCCUGGUCGGCGCGAUCGACGCGCUCGUCGCCGGCGGGGCGAGUCUGACCACCGCGAGCUCCGCGGGCUUCGCGCCGCUGCACUACGCCGUCGCCGGCGGACACGUGGCGGCCGUGGAGGCGCUGCUGAAGGCCGGCGCGGAGCCGGAGCAGCCGACGGAGCGCGGCACGACCGCGAUGCACCUCGCGGUGGUCGAGCAGGGCGCGGCGAUGGUCGAUGCGCUCGUGCGCGGCGGCGCCGACGUGCACGCCGUGUACCAAGAGGGGAUUCGUGCGGUGCACCUGGCCGCGAAGGCCGGGAACGUGGGGUCGCUGGGGGCGCUGCUGAAGCACGGCGCGAGCGCGGGCGUCGCGGACGACUCCGGCGCGACGCCGCUGCAUCUCGCGGCGGGGAAUGGCCACGUCGACGCGGUGGAGAUGCUGUUGAAGAAGGGGGUGGAUGUGGAGGCGCGGACGAAGGGCGGCGCGACGCCUCUGCAUCUAGCGGCUGGUGCCGGGCACGCGGAGGUGGUGCGGGCGCUGUUGCGGCGGCGGGCGGACGUUGCGGCGCGGGACGGCCUCGGCGCGACGCCGCUGCACGCCGCCGCCGCGCACGGGUCCGCGGAGGUCGUCCAAGCGCUGCUCGAGGCGUCCGCGGCCGUGGCAGCGCGCACGACGGAGGGCGUCUCGCCGCUCGGCCUCGCGGCCAGCAACGGCAACGACGCCGUCGCCAUGCUCCUCGUCCAGGCCGGCGCUGACGUGGACGGCCCCGAGGGCAGCGGCGCGCCGGACGAGAUGCCCGAGGACGUCGCGGACGCGCUGGAUCCGUCCCUCGGGGAGCCGCGCACGACGCCGCUCAUGCUCGCCGCCUCCAAUGGCCACGGCAUCGUCGUGCGCAUGCUCCUGCGCCACGGCGCGAAGCCGGACCGUCCGAACGAGUACGGCACGCGCCCGAUCAUGCGCGCCGCGCUCGGCGGCCACAGCCACGUCGUGGAGGUGCUCCUCGAGGCCGGCGCGGACGCGAACGCCCGCGACGGCACCGGCGCGUCGCCACUGCACGCCGCGGCGCUGAAGGACCACCUGCGCACCGCGCGCGUGCUCGUGGACGGCGGCGCGGAGGUCGACGUGCCGGACGCCGGCGGGUCGUCGCCGCUGCACUGGGCGGCGGCCGGCGGUGCGUGGCAGAUGGCGCAGGGGCUGAUCAAGAGGGGGGCGCAGGUGGAGCGGGUGAACUCGAGUGGACAGACGCCGCUGCACCGCGCGGCGGCGGCGGGGCACGCGAAGACCGCGAAGGUGCUGAUCGACGCUGGCGCGGACCGGUCGCGGCCCGACGGGGCGGGGAACACCCCGGAGGACUUGGUCAGGGCGGGGGGGGACUCGAAGGGGUUCCGGGACACGGCCGAGGUGCUGCUGUCGGACGGGAUGCGGGUGCCGUUCACGGCGACGACGUGA